UUUCUCGGUCGGGUGUCUUUACUCGUAUCCUUCAGCGGUUUGGGAUAUUCUCCCGUUCGUUGAUUCCUCGAUAUUUUAUUGACUUCAAGAGAUGGAUUGUCAUUGGAAAAAUCGGUGACUCCCCUGUUCGAGAGACGGCGCAAUGUAGCGUAAAAUUUUAAAAAUAGAUUUUUUGAAUUUGAAAAAUGUCUGGAUGCGGAGGCGGGCCCAGGACCGGGUCAAUAAUGCCGGAAAUAUCACGAGAAAAAAAGUAUUUUGGUUCAUUGUGGUGACUCACCUCAUGACAAAUCUUGAAUUUUCAGUUUUCUGAUGUAAAGAGACGCGGUUGUGCCGGGAAAUCAAUUUUCUAGGAAAAUCGUUCAACAAUUAUUGGAGAGAAUCGCAAUCAUUCGGUUGUAAAAAAAUAACAUUGUUAAGAUAAAAUUUCUGGAGAUUUCUGAUAAUUUUUCAUGGAAUUUCAGAAAUUUUAUGUCGAAUGCAGAAAAAUCUAAACUACGAGGUCUGGAAUAUUUUCCUAGGGAACACUGGACGCCUACUUUCCCGGGCACUAGAAUUCUUCUUAGAAAAUUUAGAGAGGCAAAAAAACCCGCACCGCCCACCCGGAGUUCUCAUUAGAAAAAACUUGAAACCAUUUCUUUUUAUAUCACGAUUGAGAUAAAAAUUGUAAAAUAUUUUUUCCGAACUCUCGUAACCAUCUAAUAUCCAAAAUAAAUAAUGUCAAGCAAUAAUUCCUUCUUUGAAAGAAUUUGCAUUCACAAAACUGAAAAUUCAUAUGCGGUUGUCCCUCUAUUUCCAUGAAAGCCCUGAAAGUUCGGUCACUGAAGGUUCGACCAGUGCCCAGAGGGAGAAAACAGGUUUCUUGGGAAGAAAAAAAUUUAGAAGCUGGCGAUAAAUACCUUGGUAUCAUUAUUUUUUCUCUCGAUGUUCAGGGUAACGAAUUCACUGAUUUGGUUUAAUCUCCUCAGUUGUUGUCCCAUCCAUCAAGAAAAAGUUGGAAGAAAGAAUGUUUUCGAUCCUAGAAACCUGUUUUCUCCUCUCAACAUAAUGGGUCACCCUCCAACCCUCCCCAAACAAAUACACCCUAACCGGAUGCCAGAAGAGCUGGCCCAUUAGAAAACAGACAGUCAUUUUUAUCAGUUAUGGUUGAAUGUUUCGUUUCAAAAAUAGCCCGAGAGGUUUAGUCCUCAAAAUUCUGGUCAAAUCCUUUUUAUUUUUAUUACUAUUAAUAUUCACUUGAUUUCUAAAAAGAUAAAAUAUCUAGAUUAUCUGUAUCAAUUCAGGUCUUCCUCCUGGGCUCUUCAUUUCUUGCAGUAAUAUUUUCUAAUGACUUCAAACAUUUUUCCCUCUAUUUAGCCCCUCAUUAAUGGCACUGCAGCACCCCUUGGUUCCAAAGAACCCAAAAUGAGGUAUUGCUGCUCUUCAUGGCUUCUGAGAAGUCCAUUGCGUGCGAAAACUUUAUCAACUCCUAGCAUCACCCAGGACGCUAUGCAAAUAAUGCAAUCACCCAUCGGCGAAAAUGUAUACCUGACGCACAGGGCAAUCGAUAAGAGAUGAGUCCCACUGGCGCCAUGUGCUAUGUCAUUUCCUCUCAUUUGCCCUCUACUUAUCCAUCUCGUUAUCUUUUCCUUUUAUAAGUUAUCAACUGUAAUUUCCACAGCUACUUCCCUUUAUACUCAGAGUAUUUCGGGUACUCCAGAUUUUUUUUUUACAAAUUCACUCGACUCUUUCAUUCACAGGACACGUGCACUAUUGACGUACGAAUAUGACAGAUUCUUGUCAUUUAUUUAUCUUCAAGUUUCGUCAGACUUUUUCACGUGUAUUUUUGGAACGAAGAAUAGAACGCAGAGGAAAGGUGAUGCAAUCAGUAACGGCGUUCAUACUUUUUUUUACGACUGAUUCGUUCGAGAAUUUUUUCUCAAAUAGUCAAGUAAUUCCCUCAAGGAGUCGCCAAAUUUUACUGAAUGGUGCGGUAAUUUCUACUGAAUUUUUGCUGGAUUUUCUCUGCGUCGGAAUUUUUUUAAACCAGUGAAGAGGGCAUUCUUUCCAUCUCCGUUAGCCAAUUAAUCAAUCAAUAUUCUGUACAAGGUUCAAUAACUCGUAUAAUCGGACAGCUAUAAGGAAAUGUAGAAGGUUUUCAGCGAGAGAAUACAUUUUUUUUAGAGUCUAACUAACAUUUCACAUAAAACUGUUCUUUCAAAUUGAAUAAUCACUCAAUUUUUCAUUUUAAAUUGUUAAAAAUUAUGGGAUUAUCUUCUGUGGGAGCAAUUAUCCCCGCGCAAGUGAAGGCUUUUGACAUUUUGCAGCGCAUUUACUCAUUUACUAGACAAGUACCCACUUAGUGUAUAUAAACUAUUCAACUCGUUUUGUCUUAUUCAUCUCCACUGAAUUAUUAUUACGCAACAUCGUUGCGCAAUUUCUCCGGGUUUUGUCGCAAUUUAUUACCGAAGAUAAUGAGUAAUUUUAUCCAAUCAACUGAGACCUCACCCAGUUUUCCAUUAGCAUGAAAAAAACCCUCCAGAAAUUCUUAGAGCACCGCGCACUGUGUGUUUAACAUAAUAACACACCUAGUCACCACCCAAAUGCCCGAGCUAUCUCUCUACUCCACAUUUUCUUGCAAUAAAAUUAUUGCAAAAUAUUCUGCCCACUGCGAUGAUAGGAAAAUUUAUCUUUAAUUACACCCAGUGAAAUAUUCAGUAAAAAUUCCAGAAUUCCAAUUCAGGCGAUCUCCAAUGGGUUUUCAGUCAAUUCAAUGCUUUUGCGUGGUCUGGGUCCACGUGCUGACUUCGAUGAUGGCCUUGAAGUCGAUUCCAUCAAAUUUUCCAAUCCUAUGUGCACAGUGAUUAGGUGCCAAUCAAGGGAGUGACCAAAAAUUAAGAUCAUUGGUGUUCCACUUAUAGAACCGCUAUCGAAUGAAGUACUAGAAUUUAACGACUGAUAUUUACUUCGCUGGCUCGACGAGAGAAAAACUGAUAAUUUAGUUUUCUCAAGAGGCCGAAUUUUCGAAACCAUGAUUGAGUAAUUAUGAAGAUAAUUGAGCGAAAUUUGUUGGUUUAUUUGAGGCAGUGGAAAGUAAUGACUGAGAGCUGUGGAGGGAGGAGCUGGGGACAGGGUGAAUUAUUCCAUGGCGUCGGGUCAAUUAGUGAAUGCUAAACCACUGAGAGAAUUUUCGUUGCUGGUCUAUUAAUAAUCGAGUCUCCUCGUGAUACGCAAUUGUGAAACAUUUGGUUACAUUCAAUUUGGUUCGAUUUUUUCUUCAAUUGACCGUUGAGGUUCACUGUUGAUUGAAUUAUCAUAUUCAACGGAUUGAGUCUGACACAGGGAGAGAAAUAUUGUCGAACAAAAUCUGCCAGAACAGAGAUCAGACAGAACUAAACAUUAUUUUUCAAAGCAUAAUCAUGCAGCGAAACUAAUUGAUGAGGCACCAUCGAUUUUUGCUGGGAGAUCUUGAGCUGAGGGUGUCUCGAAGAUGUUUUGGCUCACCAAGAAAAUGUUGUUAAAUCCAUAUUCUUCUACAAGGGGCGACUAUCGAAUUUCUGAGAAUGCAAACAUCUUCCAAAACGCACUAAAUCCUCGUCUGUAAUUCCCCGAAAUACUAUUCACGAAGAGUCAACGAAAACCAUUGUAACAUAAGACCUCAGACGUCAGGCGAUGCAGAAUGACUACGUCGUCCACAAAAAUCUGCUGACCCAAAACAUUUGAAACUAAAAAUGUCAGCAAACAUUGGUUAUGUUUGCUCUCUAGAACCGAUGGAGGAUCGAUAAAGAAUUCUCGAAAUCUGCAAGUGACUUAACCCUUUCGCGUCUAUUUCCAAAUCAGUCUCUGGAGAUGAUGAAAAUGGAAUCGCUACCAUUCACCGAGACUCGCCCCUCGGAGCCAAUUGUUCCUCCCCGAAGGGAGCAAUACCUCUUCCUCCUGGAGUUCUUCAUCCACAGGAUUGACAGUGAGAGACUUGGGAGAUUCAACGAGAUGUUUUACGUUCCAACAACGGUAACUCUGAAUUUCCUGAACCUCCAGGACGACUCGAUCCAGUUAACCCCAGUGGAUCCAAUGUUCGAGCCCCUCUCAGCCAUCCCCGGGGACUCCGAGAGCUUCUUCUCUGGGAGAUCGAUCCUCUUCGCCAUUCCUGAGGCCCUAGUAACAACUAUAUCCACUGAACUCAGGAUAACCUUGAAAGUCGAGAAGAAGAUGCCCAAUGAACUUCGUCCGGACAUUUUGGUGGGCACAGGAGAGCUGGACAUGUCAGCAGAGUUCGCUGGACUUCGAAAAGAGAUUCUCCAGUGCUGGCACAGGGAUUUCCCCCCGCCGAAGUCAUACGAAGGUCCUGUGGAAUUGUUCUACGACGAAGAAUCCUCGGGGACUAUCUCAGUGUUAGUCAGGAUCUCGGGUUUUGGCCAGUGUAUUGUCACCGAGUUCGACUCCCCCCCUGAAGAGAGAGCGACAUCAUUCAUCUUCAGAGGUGACGAACGAGACGACAAGACUCUCUCCUACAAAUGUAGGAUCAUUAAUCCUGGUGAUGUGAGUGCCUGUGAGGAGUCGGAGGACGAUGUUGGAGAUUGUGGAAUUUGCUCGCCGAAGAAGACCUGGUGUUUGCCGUGUGGUGAGCCAGAUUCUGCUAGGAUCAAUGUUGAAGCCUCGCAGGCGACAAAAAAAUGUCCCAAACCCAAAACUGAGAAUGAAGAUCUCUUGAAAAUAUCAAGGACGGAGCCCAAAGGAAUGAUAACUUCAAGCAGAGGGAGUCCCACGCCCUGUGGAAAAGCAGUUGUACUCAAGGUCUCCGGACUCCUCAAUUAUGAUGGGAAUAAGAAACCGAGGGUCACUGUGUCACCCCAGUCAUCCGAGCCUGAUCCCGAGCACGAUGUGUUUGUCCUCCGAAUCGGAAAAAAGGGAUUAGUGGGGGCCAACGAGAAAUGCGAUCUUCAGUUGGAAAUGAGAACCCCGAAAGGCCCGGAGAGACGCCCACCAAUUCGGUAUGAGACGAGAGAGGCCCAAACUGAAGUUGAGGCUAAAGAAGUUAAGAAGAAAGGAAAGGGCAAGGGCCAGGGAAAGAAAAAGAAGUAG